CUAAUUCUUGCUUUCAUAAAWUAUUUUCAUUUCCAAGCACMGAAUAUUUGAGCAAUUUACUGCCAUGAGUAUAUAUAAUYUGCGAGAAAUACUUUCAAUUUCCCUCUGGAUGUAACAAUGAAAAAGCUAUCAAUGUUGACACGAGGUCAAUAACUAUUGGCAUAAAUAACACAGUCUGGUCGCCUCGGAGUCACAACCACCGAGAYACUGGAUUGUGAAGGAGUAAAGAAUGCCUACAGAAUUGGAGAAAAAACUACCGAAAACUAUGCUGAAAACUCUGACAGAAUUGCUUAAAUAUGAAAAUCGCACCAUCAGAAACAUCAUUACAGUGCUUGUGGUGUUUGCAUUGGAAGCCCUCAUUACCACAGAAGGGAUCUUUGAGUGCCCUGUAGAAAGUCACGCUAGAUAUGGAUGGGUGUUCAUCUUUAUUCCAGCGCUCAUUUUGGCUGUUUUGUCUGUGAUGUUAAGCGAAGAUUUCUUGAAACUCAUGCAGGGAGUAUGCUAUCGUGAAGCACCUCGCAAACAGAGAAAGAGGUGCUUUAUUCCGUGUGGCAAACCAAAGUGGAGUAUUGUCAAGAUAGGCGAUAGUAAGUUUUUUGUUGUUGUAUACAAUGGGCUUGCUGCAGCCUCGUUGUGGCUAUUCUGGGCUUUUCUUCAGGGAAGGUACUACGUCUGCGCAAAGGAGGGAAAUAAAGAAGACAGACUGAGGCCAUUCAAAGACAACAAGAAUGAGACUUACAGGAUAGAAAAACUCUUUACUGAAGCCAAGACACAAUCACAAAUCAUCGGCUUUGCUAUUAUCGCCUUCUGGGUCUGUUUUUGUACCCUUGUUCUUACCAUUCACAAGUGUUGCUACAAGAGACCCGUCUCCUCCAUCCAGAGUCCUGAAGAAUUUUUAGAUAUUGAAGAGGAAGAAGCCGCCAAAACGUACAAAGAAAAAGUCGAGGAGCUCGCCAGGGAAAGAGGAAGAAACAAAGCAACGAAGAUGUUUCAGGAAGACAAGUGCACUUCAAAGAGUCCAACAGARAUGCUYAAAGACGUGUACAACAAGUUCAAGAAGAGAAGUGGCUAUGAGGAAAUCUUUGCGGGUGAUUACGACGAGGAAGCAGCCAUUCAACACCGAGAAGCUUUUGAAGAGAAGCAGAAGGCUCAAUUCAAGGCUGACAUCGACGCCAUGCUUAGUCAAUCCUCUGAGGGCGAUGCAUUCUGGCGAACGGAAGAUGCGUUCAAAGCAAUGACCGAGGAAUACCCACGUGCCGCCGGUGACCAUAGCAAACCGUAUAGAGUGAAGUCCCAAAAAAGCCGCGACAAUAUGAAUGCAAUGAAUGAGGAAGGCRAUGAGAUGCAGYCUUUGACAACUUAAAACUGUCGUAGUAAAGAAACAGAAAAAAAAAGUUUCUUUGUUUUGAUUAGRAAUAGAAAAAAGAUACGGCACGUAUAGGUGGAUACGGAUUUGAUACGUAAACGUGAUGCAUAAACGUAGAUUAUGGCUGCUGAACCGUGUAACAUUUUUUACGUUACGRAUGARCUAUAACGGAUGACGCAUAAAUUCGAAAAGUUGUCUUUGUAUUYCCUUUUUAAUGAAAUAUAUUAAGUUUGAUUUCCCGCUUUUCAUUGGUGAUAUUUUUUAAUCGUUUAUUAAAGUGUGAAUUAAAGAAAAUGAUUAUAC